AUGGCUAGAGAAAUUACUGAUAUUAAGCAAUUCCUUGAAUUAACCAGAAGAGCUGACGUUAAGGUCGCUACCAUCAAGAUUAACAAGAAGUUAAACAAGAACGGUAAGCAAUUUAGACAAACCAAAUUUAAGGUCAGAGGUUCCAAGACUUUAUACACUUUGAUUGUCAACGAUGCUGGUAAGGCCAAGAAGUUAAUUCAAUCUUUACCACCAACCUUAGAAAUCAACAAGUUAUAA